AUGGCAUCAAUCAACGGUUCAACGACGCCUUCAUCAACAGCCUCAUCAGGCUCGGUGCCAGAUUCAGCGGCUUCAGAUGUUGGAAGCAGCCAGAGCGACAUCACGAAUGUGACGGUCGAAGAUGGUAAUGGUCCAACUGCUACAUUCUCGGAGCGCCCAGUCAAGGCUAUUAUCCUGGGUGCGGGUAUUGGAGGCCUGGCAGCAGCGGUCCUGCUCUCCCAAAAAGUCAACAACCUCUCAUACGUUGUGUACGAUAGAAAUGACCGUGUUGGUGGAACUUGGGCCGAAAAUACUUAUCCGGGAGUCCGAUGUGAUGUCCCUUCGCAUGUCUAUCAACUUACCUUUGCCCCAAACACUGAUUGGAGUGAAUAUUACGCCAAAGGGGAGGAAAUUCAACGAUACUAUGCCCGAGUCACCGAAGAAUACGGUGUAAGACCGAAUCUCAGACUUUUACACGAAGUUUUGUCUGCAACAUGGAGUUCGGAGACUCAUCAGUGGAAAUUUCAAAUUCGAGAUCUUGUGACAGACACUGUUUUCCAAGAUACUGCCGACUUCUUCAUUUCCGUGCCAGGAAGGGUCAAUCAAAAAGCCUUGCCUGACAUUGAAGGUCUUGGAACUUUUAAGGGACAGGUCAUACACACUGCCAAGUGGGAUCAUCGUAUCAGCUUGGAAGGUAAACGCGUGGCUGUGAUAGGUAAUGGGGCAUCUGGCCAACAAAUACUGCCAAAUAUUUUACCUCAGGUGGCGCAUAUUGACCAUUACGUCCGAUCAAAGACGUAUGUCAGUCCCGCCUUCCGCCACGGUCUCAAGGAGGCAGCUGCGGAUCAUCCAGGGGCCCAUACAUACACCGACGAGGAAAAGAGACUUUUCCGAGAGAAUCCCUCGGAAUAUCUCAAAUAUCGCAAAGAGCUCGAUAAGAAGCAUUAUGGGUCUGUCAACAAUCAGUUUGCCUUACUAGGGAGUGAUGAUAACCAUAAGCUCCGAGAAUCUCUGUUGAAGACAAUGCUGGACCGCAUCCACGGUGACAAGGCAUGGCUAGAACGUCUGACUCCGGACUACAGCCCUGGGUGCAAAAGGCUGACACCUGCACCGGGAUACCUCGAAGGGAUCACAGGGCCUAAAGUCGAGUUUAUUGACGUACCGAUCGUACGGGUCACUGAGAAUGGAAUAGUGACAGCGGACGGCAACACCAGGAAUGUUGAGAUAAUCGUCGCAGCGACCGGCUUCAAAGACGGAUUCUACCCACGAUUUCCCACUUACGACGGUAAUGGUACCGACCUAUCGAAGGCCUGGAGACCAGGUGGAGUGAUUGGAUUCCCGGAAACAUAUCUCGGUAUCAUGGCACCGGAUGCCCCGAACUACUUUUUCAUUUUGCAAGCGCAAGGAAAUGCAUUUGGUGGGUCCGUGCCACACCAAGCUGAGGUCUCGGCAGCAUAUAUCGCAAGAGUCAUCCGGAAGGCUCAGCGACAUGGUUAUCGUGCCGUUUAUCCGAGCCAGAGCGCUGCGCGCGAGUUUAGUGAAAUUGUGGAUGAGUAUUUCGACAAGUCGGUAACAAAUGAUGGCUGCAGGACGUAUUUCAAGCUAUUGGAUCAGCCUGGCAAGUCAAGAAAUGUCAUUGGUUUCCCUGGCACGACUCGCCAACGCCUGGAAGUCUUAUCGGAGCCAAGAUGGGAAGACUUCCAUUUCGAUGGAGCGGGAUUUGGCAAAGAGACUGGCGAGCACGAAACCGGAACAAACUCGAAACCCAAUCGCUUCCGGAGGUUUUGGGGGAGUGGAAGGAGCAAGCUCGACGAGGCUAACGACCUCGAUCAAAUCACAUCCUAUCUCCAAGAAGUUGGACAGGUGGAUCUCCGUCGUCUGUAUGAGAGCCCCUAG